CACUCCAAGCUGACUCCGACACAAAUUUCGGUCGAUCGCUGCUCACACGACAUGUCGCUAACCUCGGAAGACUAAAGCCAGAUACUACUUCUAGGCUACAGCGCCCUUUGUGAAUCAUGGAUCCAUACGAUAUUUCGACUAGAGCUCAAGUCAUAACUCUCAAGCAAUAUGGUGUUUCCGACGCUGACAUAGAGCAACUUACAAGCAUCCCAGUCAUUCGAAUCAAAUUCAUCUACGAGAAUGCCCUCCUCCAAGGUCUUACAGCCGAAACUCACCUUGUCACCAUGCGCCAUACUACCAGUCACCGUGCGACUCUCGACAAUCUACCGGUGGAGCUGCAACUCAUCGUAGUCAGCUUCCUAGACCUCAAAUCUCUCAUCAAGAUCCAGGGAGUGUCCAAGCACUGGAGAUGCCUUGUCCGCGGAUACAAGCGCGUCAUCUACCCACCACGUCUUGCUCUACUGCAGUUGUACGAGGAGAUCAUCAACGCACCUUUGUUUCUGCCUUCACGGCCCCACAUACUACCGCUACUUGAGGAUUUCGACAUUGAUGAGCGUCAGCAACUCGCACGUUCGAUGUACCGGUUCCCAGCAGAGUCCCAGCUGUGGGUGUCGGAGUGGCCGGCCAAGGCUACCAUCUCGUGGGACUGGCCUUCUAUCAACUAUGACCUUAUGGACGAUGAAGAGAAUGGAGAGGUUCCUUGGUGGAGAUUGCCUGGCCGCAACCUGUUAACGAAAGUAUACACGUGGAACAACGGUAGGGUGUCAGAUGUCUUCUGCACGCUUAUUGUUAGUGAUACCUCUAGCCUCUGGAGCGCCCUCCGAAACGACGACGGGAGCCUAAAGGAGGGAUUUGAUGCCGAAUUGUUCGAUCUUUACCCUAAGGAAACGCACAUCUCCGACUUGGCUUGUGAGCUCUGGGAAGGAACUAACGGAUCAACCUAUGUAUUGCUCGGUCCAAACUACGGCGGCCCUCUCAACGGAACGAUUCAGAAGGUCAUGGUCACACCUGCGAACUACGAUGACGAUGAAGGUGAAGUGCAGGCUGAAAUCGAUCUAGAUGGGGCCCAAGACUCAAGACACUACGUGGAGGCGGACUGGCUGGCAUGGCUUCGGCGCAACAUGCGCAUAAUCGACCAUCAGUACAAAAUUCAUCUGAAGCGUCAAGACCGUUCGUAG